CUUGUUUAAAAUUACUAGACAACAUAUUAAUUAUGAUUACAAUGAUCAUGAUGAUAAGCAUUUUAGUAUUUUAAUUAUCCUGUAUCAAAGAUUAUCAGAAUGAUCUGUUGAUUGCUAAAAAAACAAAAGGGGUACCUGGUUAUCACAACAACCUCUGACAUUGAGAUGAUAAUUUGUUCUAUGAAAACACAGUGAAGUACUGCAAGUAGUUAAUUGUGAAGUCCUAUAUUUCACUUUUAAUCCAAACCAAAUUGUAAAAAGGAGCCUUCACGUGUGACGCCAAGAUGAGUUCUUCAAGUUUCAACACCCUUACUUUUAGUGACUCUGACUAUACUUAUCAGUAUCUUGGACCUAGUAUACAAGGUGUCUCUGUGCAUCAAGGCAACCAACCUGUGCAAAAAUGUACAUUUCAGUGUGUGUGUUGUGCUCGUUUAAGUAUGGGAACCGUGUGUUCCUGUAACCAACCUAAAUCCAAUGCAUCUACCCAAACCAACAACUUUGAGUUUCCACAGGAGACAUUAGAUGCAGACAACAUGUGGAAGAAGGGGACAUUUGAGCAUGGUGUGGUACAGAGACUCAUCAAUGCAACUUUGGAGAGACUUCUGCCAACCAGUGGAAAAUACACCACCUCCUUCUCUUCUGUCCUGGAUGAAGUCAAGGUCAUCAUAUCCCAGAAAUUCCCCAACUACACCGUUGAUUGCCAGAAAUUAAAGAGAAGAAUUCAAAAGGCGAUGCAGUGGCAGAGAUAUUAUGCGAAAAAGAGAGAAGAAGCCCAAAAGAAUCAUGAAUCUGCUUGGAAACUCAUGAAACGGAAGCGACAACAUUCCAACAAGGAAAAUGUGCUGCUUCUCCAAGAUACAGAGGAAAUUGGAGUAGACAACAGAGGUUUUGAGCCUGACAGCGACUCGGACAGUGACAUUCCCCUGGCCAAGCUGACCAAGAAGAAGUCCUUGUAGUUAUGUCAACACGUGCGUUCCCAUGAACAAUUGACUGUGAAUCCGUAGUGCAUAAACUAUUAUUAACUCUAUAAACAUUUGAUUCUCGGUAUGAUGUUUGUGUGUUUUGCAGCAUUCUUUCAUAUGUAUUUUAUCAAUAUUAAUGUAAUAAAAUAGUAGCUAUUUUUAAA